AUGUUGGUUUGGUUAAACUACAACUUUAUUAUCCUGUAUCAACACAAUGUCUCUGUUAGGGAAAUUGGAGGGUGAGACUGAAAUCAAAGCUCCAGCUUCAAAGUUUUAUGAAAUAUUCUGCAACAGACCGCACCAUAUAUCCAAUAUUUCGGGAGACAAAAUACAGGGUUGUAAGUUAGAGGAGGGUGAAUGGGGAACAGUUGGUUCUAUCAUCUAUUGGAACUACUGUCAUGAUGGAGAAGCUAAGGUUGCAAAGCAUCUAAUCGAAGCAGUUGAUGAGGAGAAGAAUAUGAUCCGUUUGAAAGUGCUGGAAUCGGACCUUCUGAAGCAUUAUAAAACCUUCAAGGGUACGUUUGAAGCUACUCCAAAGGGUAUUGGAAGUGUGGUUCACUGUGUUUUGGAAUACGAGAAAUUGCAUGGAGGGAUUCCAGAUUCUAAUUCGAUACUUCAGUUCUGCCUUGAUCUCUGCAAAGACCUUGGGGCUGGCCUUACGGAAGACAACUUUGUAUCCCAUAUCAACAGGAUGUCUCUGUUAGGGAAAGUGGAGGCCGAUAUUGAAAUGAAAGCUCCAGCUUCAAAGUUGUUCGAAAUAAUCCACAAGAAUCCUCACCAUCUUUCCAAUGUUUCGGGAGACAAAGUAGAGGGUGUUAAGUUACAUGAGGGUGAAUGGGGAAAAGUUGGUUCUAUCAUCAACUGGAACUACUAUCAUGAUGGAGAAGCUAAGGUUGCAAAGCAUUUAAUUGAAGCAGUUGAUGAGGAGAAGCAUAUGAUCACUUUCAAAGUGCUACAAUCUGACCUUCUAAAGCAUUACAAGACAUUCAAGUUUAGGUGUCAAGUUACUCCAAAGGGUAAGGGAAGUGUGGUUCACUGUGGUUUAGAGUACGAGAAAUUGCAUGGAAAUGUUCCAGAUGCGCAUUCCAUGCUUCACUUAUGCGUUGCUCUCUGCAAAGACCUCGAGGCUCAUCUUAUGGAAGGUUAACUGAUGAUAAUGUAAUAAUAAGUAUUGGCUUAUACUAUGCUAUGCUAUGUAUGUAUUAAUAACUCAUACGCUUAAAAUAAAUGCUUGUAAGCAUAUGUUCUCCUCAUGCAUGGCCUAUACGUUGUCAUGCAUUCGAGAAUUUAUCGUUGUAAAAUAUUCUGAAUGUAAACCUACUCGUAAGUUAUGGAUUGCGAAAUGUGUGAUAAA